UUCGUGACAGAAACCAGUUUGAGAAGGACACCGGGUUACAAGGAUGGGAAUUUCUUCACAGCGCCGGUCGAGUCAACUCGAUUGUGGUCGAUGUCUAUAAAUAGACGGAGAGGGUGCUGCGUCCUCCACACAGAGAGGCAAGGCAGGCAGUCUGAGCGCUGAAGCAUCCCAGAGAAACUUCUCCUCAAACACGGGGUCUGUGUCAGAGGACCACCAACAUGUUCCGCUUCAUACUUUACCUUGCUGCACUCAGCCUGCUCAAAGGUACUGGUGCAACAAACCAGACAUUUACCAGUUCCGGGGAGAUGAACAUCACCUCCUGCCCCAUCACCUAUUACGGGCAGAAAUAUGACAGAGUCUACAUGGCCUUUGAUGCUAACACAUUUUCAGUUUGCUUCAAUGGCUUUUACAAACCAGGAAUAAAAAAUGACUGUAUUUUGAUGUCUGGAGGGACGGCUGACAGAGGUGACCUGGCAGUUCUUACUCAAGACAUACCCACUGGAUCUGGGGUUCAUAAACUUCUGCCAAACCUUAGAAAUGCUGGGAAAUGUGUCAACAUAAUUCCUUUAAAAGACAGUCAACAAUCGGAAAUUGAACGAGUUGAACUCGGCAACUUUGGGACACAAGCAAUUCUGGCAAUCAAGACAUAUUCUGGGUACCAGAAUGUUGAUGUUGAGGCAGAUACACAAGUCAAUGGUCUUACAGUUUCUAAACAGAAGUUCCAGACAACUGAUACAAACAAGGGCAUAAUCACAGAUGUCAGUGGAUGCAGACUCUCAGGCUUUGCUUAUAAGACAAAUACAACAGUGAGGGACUCAAACAUAUGCUCUACUGUAACCUGUGAUGUGAGUGGAUUCGCUACUGCCGUCAGCGAUUGUGGUCCCAUGGAGCGUUGCCAAGGCAAUGGGAGUUGCGUGUUGAACGCGAUGUGCUCUGUGACCGGCUCGACUGUCAUCGAUUUCGUUGGCAGAGUUCAGUCUGUCCCGGACCGGUGUGGUUACACUCUGAUGGGGUCCUUAUUGUUCCCGGGCUUGCAGUUGCUGGGGGUUUUCCAAGAAAGACGCCGUAAAGAUGUUAGUUUUUUGGAUCGUGUGAUACUGCAGCUGGAGGGGGCCGGUGUUCAGAUUUCCAUGGAACAAGAUGGCCGGGUUCAGCUGGAUGACAAAGUGCUGACGCUCAACGCCAGAGCUCAGCUGGUCCAUGGUAUAGAGCUCUCCAGGGACCAGACAGGAGUGACUGCCAAGAUAUCAGUCUCCAACUACACUGCGUCUAUCCUAUUUGAUGGCUACACUACCCUCAUCCACGUGACAGGAACAAGUGGAGCAGCCGUGGAUGGUUUAUGUGGCAAUUCCACGAGGUCUUUCAAUGAAGAGAAGGUUACUGGACACUGGUCUCCUGGCUGUGAGAUGCAGUAUGAUGACACUGCUGACAGUACAAUCAACUGUAACACCACAACUGAAUGGUGUAAUCUCCUGAAGCAGGCUCCCUUCACUGCUUGCAACAAGCACAUCAACCCAGAGCCCUUCAUAACUGCCUGCACAAACACUUUGUGCAAAUAUCCUGCAGUGGAUGGUCUCAAGUGCCAGAACCUGGAGGCCUACGCCAGGGCCUGCAGCCACCACAGCAAUGUCACGAUGGAGAGCUGGAGGAAAAAGACCAGCUGCCCUGCUGUCCCUCAGGCCUUCUGUAAGGACAGAUUCUGCAGUGCUCAUGAGUUCUGUGGUGAGCGGAAUGUUGGGGAACCCAGCUGCCUCUGUCGGGCCAUUUUUGCCUCCAAGUACAGAUCAACGGGCACUUUUGGUGAGCCAACGGUCUGCCAGCAGAGUUCUACUUCAAUCAUUAUGGCUAAUUGUCUUUUGGAGGACAAGAGCAUUGAUUAUUCAGGCUUACACCUCAACGACCAGGCCUGCAAAGCUGAAAUGGACAACCUGACCCACAUGGUGAUGUUCAAGUUCAAUAGCAACAACACUUGUGGUACAGUGAUCAUGGCAAACAACAGUCAAAUCAUCUACAAGAACACCAUCAUGACACGGAAUGUCUCCACCUAUGGCCUGAUCAACCGUCACAGCCCAGUGCAUAUUGACUUAUCCUGUUAUUACACUCAGCCCGAUGUCAAGACCUUUGCCAUCGAAGUCAAACACAGCUCUGUAAUCCAGGAGAUUACUUCUGGAGAAUGGAAUUACAAUCUGACCAUGAAGGCAUACACCGACCCUGACCGCAUGAACGCCAUCCAGACAAGCAACGACAUAGAAAUGAACCAGAAAAUCUGGGUGGAGCUUAAGACCGAUGGACUGGAUGAAAGAAUGGUCCACGUGGUGACUGACUCCUGCUGGGCAACCGAUCAGCCUUCACCGAGUGGAAGCCUGAGAUAUGACCUCAUCAUCAAAGGCUGCCCUAGCCCUACUGACCAGACAGUGAAGGUCGAGGGCAAUGGACUGGGAACGUCCAACUACUUCUCUUUCAACACAUUCCAGUUUUCUGCCAAGACUGGUGCGGUCUACUUGCAUUGCCGAUUAGAGCUGUGUGUCAAGCAGAAUAACGCCUGUGCCUCGCUGUGCAGUCACAAUGAUAGAAGGCGUAGAUCUGCCACGUCAAAAUAUGAGGAUGAAAACCCCGCCUUCAUCAGUAUGUCCUGGACUUAUUAGGUUCCCAUGGAGAAUCGGGCUGACCAACGAG